CAUCAACGAAAGCAUAAAUUCCCUCACAAGGGACACACUCUCCAAUAAUUUCUCUCUCGGGCUCCUCUUUUUUUUUUUUUCCUUUCUUUUUUCCCUCUGUUCUUUUGUUUUCUUCAGUUUCCGAUCUGAAUUUCCCACAUUUCCAUCCUGUCCUGAAAGCUGUCGUUCCGGAUCCACGUUUCUCGUUCUCAACUUCAGCCAAAGCUCGAUCUCUUCAUCGUUUCUGCGUUUGGAAGACAGAGCGAUUUAGCUGUUUGUUUUUGGAACUGUUAAUUCUCCAUUUUGCUCUUCACUUGCCUGGACUGUUCUUCGAAUUGGGGCUGUUUAUUACCCCCAAAUUCUGUGAUUAUCUUCUUCUUCAGUGCGGGAUUUCAUUUGGGUGUUGUGAGAAACCGCCAGAAAUGGCAAUGUGAAGGCUGUUCUCGGAAAGCAUUCGGCCCCAGAUGUUCCUUUUCGGAGCUUGGUGUUGCUUCACAGAUCUGCCAUGGAAGACUUCAAAACAGAGCUCGUUCUAGUACUCCUUCUUGCCGUAAUUUCUGUGGGGUUUGGAGCUACCGACCCCAAUGAUCUUGCUAUUCUCAAUGAGUUUAGAAAAGGGUUGGAAAAUCCAGAGCUCUUGAAAUGGCCGCCCAAUGAUAACGACCCAUGUGGCAACAAAUGGCCUUCUGUGUUCUGCGAUGGUUCAAGGGUUUCCCAAAUUCAGGUCCAAGGUUUUGGACUGAAGGGCCCUUUGCCGCAGUAUUUCAAUCAGCUUUCUAUGCUCUCCAAUAUCGGUCUUCAGAAUAAUGAAUUCUCCGGUCCCUUGCCGUCGUUCAGUGGCCUGAAGAAUCUCCGGUACGCGUUCCUUAAUUACAACAAUUUCACUUCAGUUCCGGCUGAUUUUUUCACUGGCCUCAAUAGUUUAGAAGUUCUUGCUCUCGAUGGGAAUAAUUUAAACGGUAGUUCUGGGUGGAUGUUUCCACCGGCGUUGAGCAAUUCAGCUCAGUUGACGAAUCUUACUUGUAUGAGUUGUAAUUUGGUUGGUCCCUUGCCGGACUUUCUUGGGUCUAUGUCCUCUUUAUCUGUGUUAUCGCUUUCUGACAAUAGACUCACCGGUGGAAUUCCGGCGAGUUUUAAGGGUAUGAUAUUGACGAGACUUUGGUUGAAUAAUCAAGUGGGAGGUGGAAUGACUGGUUCUAUUGAUGUGGUGACGACGAUGACCUCGUUGAAUAGUUUGUGGCUCCAUGGGAAUCAAUUCUCAGGGACUAUUCCAGAUAACAUUGGGGAUUUGAGUCUUCUGCAGGAUCUGAAUCUGAAUGGUAAUGAAUUUGUUGGUUUGAUUCCCAAGAGCUUAGGUGAUAUGAGUUUAAGCCAUUUGGAUCUGAACAACAACAAAUUCAUGGGUCCAAUCCCAAAGUUUAAAGCAUCGAAAGUGAGUUAUUCUUCAAACCUGUUCUGUCAAACUCAGGCAGGGGUAGCUUGUGCCCCUCAAGUCAUGGCGCUGAUUGAGUUUCUUGGCGCCAUGGGUUACCCCUUAAGACUUGUCUCUGCUUGGACUGGAAAUGAUCCAUGUCAAGGACCAUGGCUGGGAUUGAACUGCAGAUCUGGGGAUGUCUCUGUCAUUAACUUACCAAAGUUCAGUUUGAAUGGGACCUUGAGUCCAUCACUUGCUAAUUUAAUUUCGCUCUCAGAGAUUCGACUUCAGAACAACAACUUGAGUGGUUCAAUUCCCUCAAAUUGGACUGGUUUAAAGUCUCUUACUUUGUUGGAUUUCAGUGGGAAUAAUAUCUCCCCUCCUGUGCCACAAUUCAGUAGCACUGUGAAACUUGUUACUGUUGGCAACCCUUUGUUAGGUGGUAAGCAAUCCCCAUCAUCCCCAACGUCGGGAACUGGAGGCCUAUCUCCUCCGGAUACCCGAUCUUCUUCAACGACCGAUCCAGGUUCUAAUUCUGGCAAUGGGAUAGGUCCAACAUCUAAUCGUUCCAAGGCAUCUAUAAUAGUUUCUACGGUGGUUCCUGUUGUAAGUGUGGUAGUUGUUGCUUUUCUUGCUAUUCCUCUGUCUAUAUAUUUGUGUAAGAAGAAGAAACGCAAUGAACAGGCUCCAAGUUCUCUGGUCAUUCAUCCAAGAGAUCCAUCUGAUCCCAACAAUUUGGUUAAGAUUGUUGUUGCGAAUAACACGAAUAAUAGUACAUCUACUGCUACAGAAAGUGGUUCGGCUAGCAGAAACAACAGUGGACUUGGUGGUUCUCAUGUUAUUGAAUCUGGAAAUCUAGUCAUAUCUGUUCAAGUUAUUCGAAAUGUAACAAAUAAUUUUUCUUCAGAGAAUGAGCUUGGUCGUGGCGGGUUUGGGGUAGUUUACGGGGGAGAAUUGGAGGAUGGAACAAAAAUAGCAGUCAAAAGGAUGGAGUCAGGUGUUAUUACCAGCAAAGCCUUGGAUGAGUUCCAAUCUGAAAUUGCAGUUCUUUCGAAGGUACGACACCGUCAUUUGGUAUCACUGUUGGGGUAUUCGAUCGCUGGAAACGAGAGACUUCUCAUUUACGAGUAUAUGUCUGAAGGAGCUCUCAGCAAGCAUCUUUUUCAUUGGAAAACCUUUAAGCUCGAGCCUCUUUCUUGGAAGAGGAGGUUAACCAUUGCCUUGGAUGUUGCUAGAGGGAUGGAGUAUCUUCAUAGUUUAGCGCAUCAGAGCUUCAUCCACCGGGAUCUCAAAUCUUCAAAUAUCUUACUUGACGACGAUUUUAGAGCGAAAGUUUCUGAUUUUGGACUGGUUAAACUAGCCCCUGAUGGUGAAAGAUCUGUAGUAACCAGGCUUGCAGGGACAUUUGGUUACUUAGCACCAGAAUAUGCUGUAACAGGUAAACUUACUACCAAAGCCGACGUGUUUAGUUUUGGCGUUGUGCUCAUGGAGCUGCUGACUGGAUUAAUGGCUCUUGACGAAGAUAGAUCUGAAGAAUGUCAACAUCUAGCUGCGUGGUUCUGGCACAUAAAAUCAGACAAGGAGAAGCUGAUGGCUGCUGUGGAUCCAACCUUGGGUUGUAAAGAAGAUAUAUCUGAAACCAUUUGCAGAAUAGCUGAAUUAGCUGGUCAUUGCACUGCAAGGGAGCCUACCCAACGACCUGAUAUGGGCUAUGCUGUAAAUGUAUUGGCUCCACUCGUCGAGAAAUGGAAGCCGAUUGACGACGACACGGAGGAGUUCUCUGGAAUUGACUAUAGCCUACCUCUUAACCAAAUGGUGAAGGGAUGGCAAGAAUCGGAAGGGAGUGAUUUCAGUUGCGUGGACCUGCAGGACAGCAAGGGCAGCAUACCAUCAAGGCCUACUGGGUUUGCAGAUUCGUUCACUUCGGUCGAUGGUCGUUGAAGGAGGUACCACCUUGAUGAUGCUUCUCUUUCCCUCUUGCUUUUCUGCUUUUACCUUUGGGAUCAAAUUUGGAGACAAUCUGAAGUGAAGGGUAUGGUGUUUUUGAUAAUGUGGAUGUAGAUAGAUACCAAUGGUGUCCUUCACACUGGAUGCUUACUUUUUUUCUUCUUACUUUAUGUUUGUAUAUUCCUUGUGAAACAGACUUCCAACGUUCUCUGGUUUCACUUUUUGCAUCUUUGAGUUCUUUA